CCUGGGAUCCUCUUGCCCAGAGAUGAAACCCUCAUUCCUGUGCUAGGUGAAGUCCAAACCACUGGACCACCGGGGAAGUCCCUCACGAGGACGUUUUCUGAGACAACUGACUUGGUGUGUUUAAAAAGUCACUGUCACUUUAAAUUAAAAAAAAAAAAAGUAAUGGGAGUGUUCUAGAUUUAAAGGAGGCAAAAGAGAGAUCACAACCAAAUGAAAUACAUGGGAACAACGCAGUUCCCAAUCCUGGUUCAAAAUAUGGAAUAGCUGUAAAAGGCAUUUCUUUGGUUUUUAAGGCCAUACAGCAUGGCAUGUGGGAUCUUAGUUUCCUGACCAGGGGUCAAACUCUUGCCUCCUGCAGUGCGAGCAUGGACUCUUAACCACUGGACCACUGGGGAAGUCCCUGUAAAAGAUGUCCUGGCGUCCGCAGUACCGCAGCUCCAAGUUCCGGAACGUCUAUGGGAAGGUGGCCAACCGGGAGCACUGCUUUGACGGCAUCCCCAUCACCAAGAAUGUGCAUGAUAACCAUUUCUGUGCUGUCAACGCCCGCUUCCUGGCCAUUGUCACCGAGAGCGCGGGGGGUGGCUCCUUCCUCGUCAUCCCCCUGGAACAGACGGGCAGGAUCGAACCCAACUACCCCAAGGUCUGCGGUCACCAGGGCAAUGUGCUGGACAUCAAGUGGAACCCCUUCAUCGACAACAUCAUUGCCUCGUGCUCAGAGGACACGUCGGUGCGGAUCUGGGAGAUCCCCGAGGGUGGGCUGAAGCGGAACAUGACGGAGGCUCUCCUGGAGUUGCACGGGCACAGCCGGCGUGUGGGACUGGUCGAGUGGCACCCCACCACCAACAACAUCCUCUUCAGUGCUGGCUACGAUUACAAGGUCCUCAUCUGGAACCUGGACGUGGGUGAGCCGGUGAAGAUGAUAGACUGCCACUCGGACGUGAUCCUCUGCAUGUCCUUCAACACUGACGGCAGCCUGCUCACCACCACGUGCAAGGACAAGAAACUGCGCGUGAUUGAGCCACGCUCUGGCCGCGUCCUGCAGGAGGCGAACUGCAAAAACCACAGAGUGAACCGGGUGGUCUUCCUGGGGAACAUGAAGCGGCUUCUCACCACGGGGGUCUCCAGGUGGAACACGAGACAGAUCGCCCUCUGGGACCAGGAGGACCUGUCCAUGCCCCUGAUUGAGGAGGAAAUUGAUGGGCUCUCUGGCCUUCUGUUCCCCUUCUACGACGCUGACACCCACAUGCUCUACCUGGCUGGAAAGGGUGAUGGGAACAUCCGGUACUACGAGAUCAGCACGGAGAAACCCUACCUGAGUUACCUCAUGGAGUUCCGCUCCCCGGCCCCGCAGAAAGGUCUUGGGGUCAUGCCCAAGCAUGGACUGGACGUGUCUGCCUGCGAGGUGUUCCGGUUCUACAAGCUGGUGACUCUCAAGGGCCUCAUAGAGCCCAUCUCCAUGAUCGUGCCCCGGAGGUCGGAUUCCUACCAGGAAGACAUUUACCCCAUGACGCCGGGCACGGAGCCAGCUCUGACCCCUGAUGAGUGGCUGGGAGGCAUCAACCGAGAUCCUGUGCUGAUGUCUUUGAAAGAAGGCUAUAAGAAGUCCCCAAAAAUGGUGUUCAAGGCUCCCAUCAAAGAAAAGAAGAGUGUGGUGGUCAACGGAAUAGAUUUACUAGAAAAUGUCCCACCCAGGACAGAGAAUGAGCUCCUCCGAAUGUUCUUCCGGCAGCAGGAUGAGAUUCGGAGAUUGAAAGAGGAGCUGGCCCAGAAAGACAUCCGGAUUCGGCAGCUUCAGCUGGAACUGAAAAACUUGCGCAAUAGCCCCAAGAACUGUUAGCUCCCCGGCUGGGCUGCUUUCUAAGCCGAUCUCUCCGUUGUUUCUACUCGUCCCUUAACUUCCCCUUCUCCGGUGACCCCAGAGAGAGCGCCAGGACUGGAGCUGGGGGAGAGCCUGAGGACCCCCCACCUGCCACCUCAAGAGCUGGAAGCUGACCUUUGACCUCUUGACCUCAUGCUAAUAGGAGUCCCCAGCCUCUCCCAGAGUCCAGGCUGGCAGCCCCUUUCCCUGACACCCCCGGAGCCUCGGCUUCCCCUCGGCUGAGCAAAGGCCGUGAACUCCCCCCGACGAGUGCCCUCUGUGGACCAAGGAGCGCAGGGGGAAGCCAGAACCCCAGUAGACUUAGAGGUUGAACUUGUCCCCGGCAGAGGGGACUGCCGGGACAUCUCCGCGCUCCCUGCUGGGGCUCAUGGUGGCCCUGAUGGACGCGCAGUAAGGGCUGGAUUGCAGGCAUCCGCGGUCUCCCUCCCCUCCCUCACCUCCCUCGCCCUGGGCAGUCCCAGAAGCCCUUUCGCCUGACCAGGGUUGCAAGCAGCCCAGCUCCUUCCUGUCUCUUGCCCCCUCUCUCUUAUCUUCAGGGAAUUAAGAGGAUCCUUCACCAAGGCCAUAAUGACCCCUUGCCCUCCCCUGAUGCUCUUCAAAGCUCUGGCAACACCCUUUUCCCGUUCACUUUGUGAGGCAGUCGGGGUAGGGAAUAGUGUCCCCAUUUUACAGAUGACAGAACUGAGGGUUGCUUUGGGGAAGUGACAUCACUGAGUCACCCAGCAGGUGAACAGUGGACCUAGGACCAGUGGUGUGCAGACUGCAGGCCCGAGCGCUUCCCACUGCAUCAAGAUGCCAGUCCUACAGGGGCAUCACCAGGGCCCAAGUCUCGGUGGAGCAGAAGGGGGACCGGGUGCCCCCCAACACCAGUAGUGCCGAUGUGCCACGCCCCUCCCCCACACUCAGUAUCCCUUCGACCUCCUGGCCCCCAGCCUUUGCCCUCACCCCCCAGGUGACUCACUCCGAGAUGAGGCCUCUUCCUCCCGGAGGUUGAGGCCGAGGAGGGUGGAGCUGGCCCUGGGAAGGCCGAGCAGUGGCCUGCCGGCCCCGAGGGCUGCUCUGCGUGCGUGUCCCUCCUCCCGCUCUCAGCCACGGUCAGCCUUACGCUUGUAGAACGACUGCAGCCGCUAACUUUGGUGUAGCACUUUAAGGUUUACACAGCCCUUCGACAUAUAGGAUCCCCUUUGAGCCUCAUCUCAGCUCCCAGAGGCAGGGAGCGUUCUCCCCACUUUGCAGAUGAAAACACUGAGAAGCAGGUCAAGGCCACAGGACCCUGGGAGAUGCCACGCUUCACUUGGUCUUCUACCAUUUUCUUUUUUUCCUCCUUUUCUCCCUUCAUUUCUCAUUACUCACAGAGUGUAUGAACACUGUUCUCAGAAAAGUCACAGUUUGAGGGGGGAGAUCUGGUCUGGGGAUCAAGAAAUGGGUGUCUACACCUCUCUCUCAUUAGCUAGAACCUCUAGACACAUUGUGCUCUGCACCUGCUUGUCCCACGGCCACCCUGCAGAACUACCAUCCAGAGGGGCGGGGCUCCCUAAGCCCCUACGAGUGACCUGGGCAGGGAGAGCCCCCCCAAACCCUCAGGCUUUUCCUCCAAGAGCCUUCCACGCUCACGGCCAGCUAAAGCAGGGUCUCCUCACCCCCCAGACCCUGCUGCUAGACUGCGUCAGCUCACAUCUCCUCCUCCCCACACUUCUGAAGCUUUUUUUCUUCCCCACUGACCUUUGUGGUCUUCUGUGAUUAUUUAUGCUGCCUCCCAAGGAUAGAACUGAAAUAAAAUGUUUUCAAGUUA